AUGAUCAUCCAUAAUAUUAAAAAGUAUAAGUAAUAUGAGGAGUUUUAAAAAUUGACAAAGCUUCAAGAUUCUAAAAUAANUCAAUAUUAUGAUGAAUAAAGAGUAAUAAUGUCAAAACAACUAUCAGAAUCAAUUUUAAGUAAAAUAGAAGAUACUAUUAAACAAAAUGUAAUUAAAUAAAUGGAAUUUUAUAAUCUAUAAGAUAUUUCUUAAUAAAUAGAUCGUUUAUAAGACUUUUUAAAGAUUAAAGCAAAUAAAAAUGAUGUCUAAGAUGCUUUAAAAUUAAAAUCAAAUCAAAUGGAUUUUUUGUCUCUUGAAGAUUAAAUCAAUAUUAUGAGUAAGAAAUUCAAAUCUUAGAUGAGAAUAUUUACAGAUUUUAUGGAAUUAUUUGGAAUUGAUACUGAUAAUGAGUCAAUGAAUUUUAAAAAGAAUGCUAUUCAAAAAUUAAUAUUUGAUGCAAAAUCUCUUAAAAAUAGCUAUUAAAAAAAACAUUAAUAAUAACAAAUUGUAGUUGAAGAUUAAGCCUUUACUACUAGAUAAAGUGGAAGCAAAAAAAAAUUUAAUACAUCCCCUAAAAGUAAUGGAGUAAAACUACUAUUAAGACCUUUAUUAUCAACCACAUUUUCUGUUCAAUAAGCUAAAAGAAACAAAUUGAAUUUAUCAAUGAUUUAAUGA